GUAUAUAAACACUAGCUCAGAGGGGAGGUCACUGAGACACUCAGGCUCUCAGCCAAACAAAACCCCAACUCCUAUCUAUGCCCUGCUGUGGGACCUCCUCUCAGCACUGCUGCAGCGUCCCCAAAGGCCUGGCCACCACCGUCUGCUCCUCCAACAAAUGCUGCCUGUGUGGGGUCUGCCUGCCCAGCAUCCUCCAGCCGACCUGCUGCACGCCUUCGUACCCCACACCCUGGUAUCAGCCCGACACCUUUGUGCCAUCUUGCUGGCUGCUUGGCUCCUGCCACCCACACCCUGGACUGAGAGGGAUCUCCCAGAUGACCCACACUCAGCCUUGCUGUGAAGGACCCCGUAAGCCCUGCUGCUGCUGA